AUGGAGGAAUUGCUCGUAGCCAUUCUCUCUAUGCUCCUCGUCGUCGGUCUAAUUCCAUUGUACAUAUGGAAGCGCCGCCAAGAUUCUCGAUCACCUGAUGAACAGCAAGAAGAGCCCCAGCCGAGGGAGGCCGUGGUCCGGGCCACUGGGGCUUCUCGGACUCGCAUGCGGCGGAGACCUGCUGCUGGAGCCAGUUCAUCGAGGGCUGCGGCACCAAUCGCUGAAGACAAUGUGGAUGAGAGUGACGACGAAGGUGGGGCAGAUGAGUAUUAUACUGCUAAAGCAUCAAAGAAAAAAGAGAAAAAACGUCAGGAGCGGGAAGCACAAAGACAGGCCAAUGAAGCUUCACGUGAGUCAAGAUCGACCAAACAAGACUAUUAUGCUGAAAUGCGGAGGAAGAAGGAUGAAGAACACGAGGCAAAGGAGCGCAUGCUGGAAGAAGAAGCCAAGGCUCAAAAAGCCAGGGAGGAGGAAGCGGCUGCAUUAGAGUUUGAGAAAUGGAAAGUGGCAUUUUCAGUUGAUGACGAAGGAACGAUGGAGAACGAAGGUCAAGAUGGGAAUCAAAAUCUGCUGUCCAAUUUUGUGGAGUACAUAAAGAAGCAAAAAUGUGUUCCUCUGGAAGAUCUUGCUGCAGAAUUUAAGAUGCGAACUCAGGAAUGCAUCAAUCGAAUCACCAACUUGGAAAGCAUGGGACGGCUUUCUGGUGUGAUGGAUGAUCGAGGAAAAUACAUAUACAUCUCCAUGGAAGAGAUGAAGGCGGUUGCAGACUACAUCAAGCGCGAAGGGAGGGUUAGCAUAUCACAUCUAGCUAGCAAGUCAAACCAAUUCAUUGAUCUGGAGCCAAAAGCACAGUUCGUCGAGGAAGCUAGCGAUGUCGGCGAGGCAAUACCUGCAGCUUAA